GCCUGGACGGCGGGCAAGGCAGGAGGCUGGGGCCGGCACCACGGGGCCAUGGAACGGGCAGCAGGGCCUGUGCUCUACCAGAAACUGCUGGUCUCGGAGCCAAGCUUGGAGUCCGAGGACGAAGAGGAGAAGCUAUCGGAGUGGCUCAUUCCAGAUCUCUCGGGGACCCAGGACUCCUCUGGGAGCAAGGCUGGCAGUCUGCCCAGGGCCUGCGCCCAACUGGUGGCUGCCCUGCUGCUGCUGGCCGUUGGCUUCUCCUUGGCCGUGAGGCAGCUCCACAGCAGCGGUGGCUCUCCAGGAACCCUGGGCUCUGGGGCCCCUGCCACCAGCGGGCAUGCCCACGGCCCUGGCGUGUACCACCACGGCGGCAUCAUCAGCCCUUCAGACAGUCCCUUCUGUGCUGCAGCCACGUGUUCCUACCUGGGUCGGGAGUUGCUUGUUGCCGGGGGCAACGUCGUGGACGCUGGAGUUGGAGCAGCUUUGUGUCUGGCAGUGGUGCACCCUCAUGCCACAGGGCUAGGUGCCAUGUUCUGGGGCCUCUUCCACAAUAGCUCCUCAGGCAACUCAACUGCCCUGACGUCAGGCCCAGCCCAGACCCUGGCCCCUGGGCUGGGGCUACCCUCAGCUCUGCCUGCCCUGCACUUGCUACACGCACGCUUCGGCCGCCUGCCCUGGCCACACCUGCUGGCGGGCCCCACCACGCUGGCUCAAGAAGGCUUUCUGGUAGACACAUCCCUGGCCAUGGCUCUGGCAGCCCAGGGCACAGAGGGCCUCUGUCCACUCCUUUGCCACACGGAUGGGACCCCCCUGGGCCCUGGGGCCCAAGCCACCAACCCCAAACUGGCAGCUGUGCUCCAAGGGGCUGCACGUGCCCCCACCCCAGACCUUGCUGGGGAUGCCCUCCUGAGUCUGCUGGCCGGAGACCUGGGGCUGGAGGGCCCCUCAGCUGGGCCCAUGCCCACCUUGGAGCCAGCGCUGCAGCUACCUGUGCCCCAGGGCACCCUGUUCACCACCCCCAGCCCCUCAGGUGGCCCAGAACUGCUGGAAGUGCUGGAGGCAGCCCUGCAGUCCAGAGGGCCCGGCCCUGCCCCCUGCCCACCACUCCCACCAGCCACUGUGCCCACUGGGAGCAGCGUCCUUGCCACGGUGGACAGCAGCGGCUCUGUGCUCCUUCUCGUGUCUUCACUCAACAGCUCCUUCGGCUCUGGACACCUAUCCCCAAGCACCGGGGUUCUACUCAGCAACCUGGUGGCCAAGUCUGCAACUAGUGCCUGGGUCUGUCCCCUCAUCCUUCGUGGCAGCUCAGAUGACACAGAGGCUGACAUGUUGGGGCUGGUGACUUCAGGGACCCCUGCAGCUGCCAGAGUUGUGACUCACGCCCUGCUCAGCCACCUGGUGGGACCCCAAACCCAGGCCCAGCAAGGACCAACAGAGAGCCCCAGCGCUUGUGGCCAAGGGACCUUGCUCCAGGUGGCAGCCCACGCAGAGCACGCUCAUGUCUCCAGUGUCCCCGGUGGCUGCUGCCCCUUCCAGGGGGUUUAAGGUGGGGCAGUGUCUGGCAGGGUGGGUGGAGUAGGGGUCUCAAGCCUGGAGGCAGGGCUGGAGCGGGCCCAGCAGCAAUGAAGUGCAUGAAGAGUGUGCAUCGAUUAUGUGCCCACCCAGGCCCUCAACGUCCGGCCUGCUCGGUUGUCUGGACUGGAGUUCCAGCUCUUUUUUCAGCUAAGGAAGCUGAGGAUAUUGAGGAAAGAACACCAGGGCCUGGGCACAGCCCUGAGUUCAGAUCCAGCCCUGGGAAGGACAGGUGGAAGAAAGCCACCCCCCUGCCUAGGCUCUGGGCCCCUGGGCCGGGCAGGCAGACCCUGGGGCACUGCUGGCAUCUCCAUGCUCCCCUUCAGGCCACACUCUGCUGAUCUCCCUCAACUGGGCUGGAAACAAAAUAAAGAUCAAGUCUCCCGGACGCCA